AGCGAUGUGUGACUCUGUUUACACAACACCGCAGUCAGUCACAUCAAAGAAGACCCCACGACGGAGAGCUCUCUCGCCGAAACAGAAGCCGUACUCUUCUCCCUUCCAGGUGAUCGACCUCAACAACGAAUCACACGAGGAUCUCAAAAAACGUGUUCUGGACGCUGAGAACAUCAUCCAGGAUUUGCGAUCCGAGAGGGAUGCUCUUCAUGAAACACUCGUCGAUAAGGCUGGAUUGAACGAGAGUGUCAUAAUCGAGCAAAGCAAGAGAGUAUCAACUCAGGAAACACGGAUCUACAGAAGAGAUGUAAACUUGCUGGAGGAUGACUUAAAGCAUCAUCAGUCUCAGAUCAGAAUCCUGCAGAACAAAUGCUCAACGCUUGAAAUGGAGAAGCAAACGUUGCAAGAAACUAUUCAACGUGCACAAGACGACAAGAAAGAAACAGAGACAGAGUUGGAAUCCUCAAGAUCUCGUCUACACGUUCUGGAAAAAGAAUUGUCAGCGAAGGCCAACGAUAUCUUUAUGGUGACCAAGGACCUGCAUGACAAGAAUGAAGAGCUCACUAGUUUCCGUAUGGAGUAUGUUACAAAGUUAUCAGAAGCUAAUCGGGAGAAGAAAGCGCUCGAAGAAAAGCUUGAGAAGUACAAGAACGACAUGAAAGAGAACGAUCGCAAGAGCCUCGAGUUGAACAAAGAGCAGGUCACCACUCAAAAUGUUUUGAGUGAGGUCAGGCAACUUUCUGCUCAUUUCGAGUUUUUGACACCAGUCAGAAAAAAUGCUUCAAAAAUAAGAGAGCUAGAUGAGUAUCACCAGUUGUCGGCAAAGGUAAUUGAGGAGUCUAUGAACGAUUUGAAGAUCAAGAAUGAGACUUUGACGAAAGAACUUUCGGACAAGACGGAGCUGGUGAAAAUGAAGAACGAAGAGUUGGAAGACCUUCGUCAAACUACAACAGCGUCGUUGGGAGAUUCUGAACAAGCGACAAAGUAUUUGCAUGAAGAGAACAUGAAGCUAACUCGUCAAAAAGCUGAUAUUCGCUGUGAACUCCUCGAAGCUCGUCGAAAAGUUGAAGGAUUCGAUAAGCUAAAGCAGGAGCUCGAAAAGGAACGCGACGACGCUUUGGCUGACGUUCAAAAAAUCAGAGAAGUGAAGCGGAAUGUGGAAAGAGAACUUCAGUCCCUCACGUCGUUGAUGGCAGAACGUGAUGAGCAAAUCGAGGAGUUGAAGACGAAAAUGUUCAGUUUCGAGAUGAUUAAAAAAGAUCAUGAAUCUGCGAAGAACGAGCUGUCGAGAACUCAAGAAAAACUGGAUCAAAUGGGAAAACAUUUGAUUAUGGCCGACCAACAGUGUUCUACUUUCAAAUCGCUUAAAGAAUCUGCCGAAGGAUCUCGCAGAAGAGCCAUUGAGCAGUGCAACGAGAUGGUGGUUCGAAUCAGAGAUCUUCAAACAUCACUUGAGAGUCAACGCAAAGUGGAGCAAGAAGUUGAAAUGCUGAAAGCGGAAAAUUCACGUCAAGCCAAGAAAAUCGAGUUCAUGAAAGAGGAAAUUCAAGAAGUUCAUUUGGAUUAUCGACAAGAGUUGAGUCGGUUGGCAGAGAAGACCAAAGGAAAAGAAGACGCUGAUCAUCUUCGCCUAACACUUUCACAACGGGACAGUGAACUUCGAAGUGCGAAGAAAACUAUUCAAGAGGUCAAGGCAGAUAAUCAAAAGGUCCAGUUGAUGCUCGUAGAAGUUCGCCAGCACCAAGAGAAAAUUCUUGAGGAAAAUGUCAGACUUCGCAAAGGAAUGGCAGAUGCACUCGCUAAAAUUGAAGAAUAUAAACGAAGCUGGCAAAACUCGCAGGAAACAUGUGAACGUCUUGAACGAGAAAGUGCUACAAAAGAGGACAAACUAGACAAACUCGAAGAAGAGCUACAGGAGAAAAAGCAACAAAUUGCCGAAUCAAAGGAGCUGGUGACGUACUUGCACAGCCAGAUUGAUGCGAAGCAGACCAAGCAACCAAAGUUAGGCAGAAGAAGCACUUUGCUGAGCACGGUUUCAGAAAUGGACACUUCCGUUUAUAUGCGUGAAGCUGAAGAAGUUCGUGCUCUUGAAGAACAACGGCAGGCUCUGAUGAGUAAUCUCGCGGAGAAAAGACGUCAACUUGUCGAUUCGAAGAAAUCUCAGUCAACUGCCAACACUACGAUUGUCACAACCACAACCACUGAAAUUUCAAAAUCAAGUCAAUCUGCAAGUGAGCUCUCCAAUAGGCAAGGAACGAUGCGGCACGAUAUUCCUCACAAAUGGAAGGCCUUCCGCCACGUUGGAGUUCUUUCAAUGAAAUGCUCACUUUGCUUCGUUGGAAUCUCAGCUUUUGCAAAAGCCAAGAAAUGCUCUCAUUGUGAUGUUCAUGUUCAUGCAUCAUGUGCGCCACGAGUCAAUAAUACGUGUGGAAUGCCGCUGCAAUGUGCCACGUAUUAUCGAGAGAAUCAUACGACAGUGUCGUCAAGUGGAGUAUCGGAAGGAAGAAUGAAUGGAUGGUUGAGAGUAUAUCGUGAUGAUAUGACUGGAUCAACUUGGAUUGCUUCGUGGGCAAUGAUGGAUUUGACUCGUAUCUCUUUCUACACAAAUGAUGGUGCGGAUCUCGAGAAACCAUUCUUUUCGAUCGAUCUGAAUAAGGAGCAAUGGGUGCUAAGAACUGGACAAGAAAUGCCGGUGGAUUGUGAUGAUUCGAUGAGAGCCAAUAAUGUCCUGAUGAUCAAGAUGCCACGUAGAUGCUUGUAUAUUCUUGCCCCUUCACAACCGUCUGCAAGAAGAUGGGCAGAAUGUCUUCAAACUGCACAAAGGAAAAGAAUGAUGUUAAACUCAAAAGAAUCUUCGAUUGCUGAGUUCACAUGUUUAUUGGUACUCAAUUCGCCGAACAACUUGAAGAUUUUCAAGGCAUAUACCAUCGAAGACUGGAUUCUAUUUGCUACUCAAACUGGGCUCUUCUUCACAAGUAUUUCUCAACCUCGAAACCCAAUGCGAAUCGCUGGACCAAAUUCAGUUACUUCGCUGGAGAUUAUGGCUGAAAUCAAAUGUGUUGCAAUGGUGGCGAACAGCAGUGGACAGUUGGCAAUGAUUCCAUUGGAUUCGCUUAUUCUGGCCAUGCAAAGCACUCAACCGUCGAUUCGACCAGAAAUUCUCCCAGAAUUCGAGCACGUUCAUAUGAUAAAGUAUCAUCAACAAAAUGGACAACGAUUCCUAUUGAUUUCGGAUGAUACUCAUUUGCACGUUAGAAAGUAUAAUGCCACUAGAGAUAUCUUCAGCCAAUAUGCGAAAUUCGACGUUCCUGAACCAAUAAGCUUCAUCGAAAGUGCUCCAUCGGGAAUCAUCUUCGCAUGUGACACAUUCUAUUAUGUCGCCUUGGAUCACCAAACUUCGUCCAACGUUUCCGCUCGAAAAUUGAUGUCUCCAAAUAAAAACGAAUUCCCGAUCAGUGCUCAGAUGAUAAAUCAAAAUGAAGUGCUCCUGGCUUAUCAAAACCAGGGAAUUUUUGUGAAUUUGCACGGAGAACAAUCACGAAACGAAACAAUUGAAUGGGAGAAGAUGCCGAUGGAGUUCAUCUACACAUCACCAUUCCUGUAUAUUGUUCACGAUGACUCGAUCGAAAUUCUGGAAAUUUCUGAAACCUCGGAUAGGACUGUGUUGGCUGAGCGAGCCCUUUUUGAGUGUGUCAAUGCUCAUGUGAUUGGACGCCAAUAUGAAGGCGUACUGAUUUCCGUUUCGUCAAACGAUUCUACAGAAGUACACAGAUUCUCAACGGCAACUGGACAGAAGCAGAAGAACAAUGUUUCGAAAAGAAGAGGAGCGUCUCCAUAUAAUUCACUUAAACGCACUAAAAACUAAACCAUUAUCUGACAUUUCUGAACAUAGAUUUAUUACCAUGUGCCGACAAGAGCCAAGAUUUAUUUAUUCUGUGUAAAAUAAUUUUUAAAAUCUUUUGUUUGUACCAUAAUUAUUAACAAUUGGUCUCUACUUUGAUGAAUAUAAAAUAAAUUGCUUGUGAUUUUG